UAUAAUGUAAUAUAUGAUGAUGAAAUUGCGCGGAAUGGGAAGGCAGCCGAAGGCAGCCUAAAUAUUUACAUCUUGAAGUACUUUUGGUGGUUUAAUUAUUAUUUGUCACAAUGAUAGACGGAAACAUAUCAAUGGAGGAGGACACGGAGCUACGAGACCUAGUGGUGCAGACUCUAGAAAAUAAUGGAGUUCUUGCUAAAGUCCGGGCUGAACUUCGAGCCAGUGUCUUCUUAGCGCUUGAGGAACAAGAAUCCGUAGUUAAUCCCGAACCACUUUUAAACAAAACAGUAAAACAGUACCUGGGAAAUUCAGAAGGAAAAUUAUUAUUUUCAUUAGUUAGAGAAUUUUUAGAAUACUUUGGGUUGGAUUACACAAUAUCUGUUUACGAUCCAGAAACUUAUAUUGGAAAGGAGUAUAAUUAUAUGGGCAGAAAUAAAUUGUGUGAAAAAUUGGGUAUUAAUUCAACAGAGCCAUUGCUUGGGGAAUUACUUAAGAACAGCAUCAAUGGUGCCUUCAAUAAUUCAAAGAAUGAAACAAUAAAUGAUAGCAAUUUAAAACCAUGUGAAACAAGCAAUAUAAAUAACGCAACAUUUGAUGUCUCAAUUCCAAAAGUAGCCCACAAAGAAUCAGUAUCACUAUCAAAUGACAAUGACUCAUCGGAAAAAGCCGAAAGUAUUUCGGAUUUCAGUCAAGAUAUUCCAAUAAACGUGACAAUAACAGAUAAAAAAACGUCCGGUAAAAUAUUAACAAAUGCAGUAACUGAUACCUCAAGUUGUGAAGUAAAUAAUAAAUCACUCAGGGAAAAUGUAAGUGUGGAUCUCGAUGAUUGUCAACAGGACAACAGCAAAUUAGACGACUGUGAAACGGCUAACAAUAAUUUAUCAGCAUCAUCACACAACAAAUCAUCGACCCAAAAUAAUCAAAAUUCCGGCUCGGUAACACCAAACUGCCCCUCAUAUGAAACUAAAAAUGACAAUGAGUCACACAUACUAUUAAAUAAGAGUGAGCAUUUAAUCAAGUUUGACGAGUCGACGAUUGUCGACCCGCAAUUGAAUUCAAAUGAGGAUGAAUCAAAGUCUAAAACACCAGCAACACUUACAGCGACAGCUGUCAGUAGCGUUGCACUACAAAAUACAAACAAUGCUCAAAAUUUACGUAAAGUUGAUGUGGAUAAUAAUUCUAUUGGUAAGACUGUUUAUUUUGAAGAAAUAAUAGUUGAUGGUAAAUUAGAAAAAGUCGGAGCGGCUAAAAAAAAUGAAUCAUUACUCGGAGAUUUGCCGCCCCUCGUCCCCAAAACAAACUCUAUUUUUAGCGACUUACCUCCUCUCAAUGGCAAAAAAACAAACAUUAAUGAUUUAAAGGAAUUAAUGGACAUCGGUCUGACAGAUGUAGAUAAUUAUGAAGAAGAUUUCGUGUCAUCGGCGUCCGGCAGCACAAAUGAACAGAGUCCAGCAAAAAAUCCCGAUAAGAACGAGGACCAGAGUCCAGUGAAGCAGCAGCAGACGAUCGAGGAAAAAAGUCAGAGCGCUCGGAGCGAAGAAAUUAGCGAAGAGAUCGACGAAAUAGAAGAGGUACUGAGCACUAAUAUUUCUUGUCUCGAUGAUACCACCGGAGAUAAAAGUAUGACUAAUUUCGCGACGGGUAAUGCGCUGGACUGUUCUGAAGAAGCGUAGUAUGUAAUUUAUUGUUAUUUAUAAUCGUAAUUACCAUGAGAGUCUUUUUUGUCUAACGAAAGAACGGAAUCCGUGGAUCAUAUCUCAAACUCUUGUAAAUCAUGAUAAUGAUGAUGAUAAAGAAUCCAUGCGGUUGCGAUUUUUCAUUAACGAAAAAUUAAAGACACUUGAGCGGUUCAAUGUCCCUAAUUCAGGACACGGACACUGCCAGAGACGGCUCAAUGUAUAAUUGGUAAGUUGCGCUGCAAAAAAACGUAGAAGGAAUAAGUCUGAAUAUUAUUAUUCUAUAACUAUUUAUUACCCUCACUCUCGCUCUCACUCUCUCAAGUAUCGAAUUUCACCCAUAAUUUUUUUGUACAGAGAUAAAUAUUAUAAAAAAAUAAAAUAUUUUUCUACAUUUUGUAGUACAAAUACAGUUUAUUAUAAACAAUACAAAUGUAUAGAAAGCCGAUGGUUUGGCGAAUGAACUAGAGUUUAUUGAUAUAAAAUAAAAAUAAUAACUUGGAUGCAGAUUAUAUAUUUAAAUUUUAAAUUGUUUAUAUAUUUGGACAAGUUUCCUCCUGCGUUAUUCUGCAAAUGCGCUUAGUAUUACUAUUAUUAUUAUUAUUAUCAUUAUUAUUAUUAUUUAAAAAUAAUUAUAAAUAGUAACUGUAUUACGUUUACCAGAGAGAUCAUUUAUGGACUGUAAAGUAGUGACGUUUGUUGACGUCACUGAUAUUUAAAAAAUUACUGUUCCACUUUGCCCGGUGUAAUAAACAUUUUUUUUUGUUUGUUCGUUAAUCGUAAAAAUAUUUCUGCAUAUAUUAUGACUGUUGUGUAUUACCUCAUUUGACUGAAGCUAACUGCUAAAGUAUCCGAAAAAGAUACUGGUAAAUCAUCCGUCUUAAACAAAAUGGAUUGCCUGAAAAAAAACAAAUCUAUCAAGUUAUUUUUUCUUAAAGAUAAUAUGGUGCUAAGUGUUUUUUAAAAUUUAAAUUAUCUAUCAGAGUUUAAGUAAAGUAAAGUAAAGUUAAGUACUUGUAUAUUUUUUCUUGCUGACUGCAAGGACUUUGAAUAUUAAAUAUUUAAUAAUAAUAGUAAUAAUAAAUGAAUGAAUAAAUGAAUACGACUAAUGAGUAAUUAGUGACGACAAAAGUUUUAUAAAACAAUUGUUUUUAAACUGUAGAAUGAUGUAUACUAUUGUGAUUUUUGGGCAAUCCAAUACAGUGAGAAUUAUUAAAGCAAUUCCAAUUGAAUGAUACGAUAAAUCAUUUCAUCUUUAUGAUGUAUUAAAUUUAAUUUUUAAAAAUAAAUUAAUAAGAAACUUGAGUACAAUUUAAAAUUUUAAAAUUGACUCAAUAAAUUUUUAAUGCUGUAUAGAAUAUAUAUCUCGUACUGCGUAUUUUAUUGUAAGAGACAUCGAUCAAUUUUUUCAUAUGUUCUUUUUUUCUGCUGUAACUAUAGUGUAUAUCGCGUUACUAAUUUCGAAAUUACUUAUUUUUUUUCCGCCCUUUUGGUUUGGCCACUAAAUUUAAAACCAAAAGGGCGCGAAAUUUUUUUUUCAUUGCUAAUCAUAUUGUAGACUUAUUCUAAAGUUGAAAAUUGAAAAAAAAAAAAAAUUUAACUAAAAUAAGUCUACGAAACGAUUGGCAAUGAAAAAAAAUAUGCGCCCUUUUGGUUUUGAGGAACUUCCUAAAGCCAAAAGGGCUUAUAACUUUUUUUUAUUGCCAAUUGUUUUGGGGAGUUGAUUUAAAGCAAAAAAUUGAAAAUUAAAAGUGCAUAUAAUUUAAGUUAUACGUCUUUUUGAAAUUAAUAACGCGAUAUAUUUAACUUGUAAAACUUAUGAGAUAUCAAAAGUAAUGAAAAAUACAUUUAUAAGGCUGCAUUUAAAAAAAAAAUAAUAACUGAGUUUGACCAACAUUCGCCCGUAAAUUUGAAAAAUAUAAAUCAACAAAAUAAUUACAAAGUAAGCAGGUGUGUUCCUGACCAAUCGACGUGGUUACAUUUUGUUAUCAAAAUAUAUAUACGUAAUUAAUCAGUCAUGCGCUUUUUUAAACCGCGUGACUGAUUAAGAAAAAAAAAAUGAAAUGAAGUAAAAUAAUUAAAAUUCAGGACUGCAUUGAACAUUCCCUCGUAUAAUUUAUUAGCGAAUACAUUCCAAUAUAUUUCUGAUUAUAAUUUACGUUGUAACAAUUAAAGAUAAUGUUUAAUUAUAUAUUUUUCAUCACUAAAAAAUAUAAAACACAAUACGGGAGUUAAUUUAAAAAUUUGUAUUUAUAAAUUAUUUACACAGAAAUUAAUUAGAUAUUUUAUGUUAUUAAAAUUCAACUUAUUCGUCUAAGUUCCGAUCAUUAGUCCAUUUAAUUUAUAUAUUGUUGCUGCAGAAAUACUUUUUUUAUUUAU